GCGAGCAGUACAGCAGCCUCUGCCUGCGCCUGGGGGAGCUUGCAAUUGAGAUGGGCCGUGCACGCACGUCGUACUCAGCGCGCAGCUUGCCAUCGUCGUGCGUUCUUCGUCACUGACUGAAUUGCAAGCUCAGUCAUGCCCGCAGGGCCCGCGGCCCCUAGGCCUGCCGAGCUCCAAAUGGAUCCUCGCAGCCUUUACCAGCUGCAGCGUCCUGCCGAGGCUCAGCCAACAACGGCCCCGGUGACGCCCGCUGGACAAGUACAGCUCACGCAGGUGGAUGUAUCAACACAAGUAGACCUUCACGAAGGAGAAGUACCAUUUCAACGUGGAGUUACCCCACAUUAUUCACGCGAAGACAUUAAAGAGCAGUACUGCAUAACGAAUCGUCAGCUAGAUGCCGUAGAAAAAUCUGGAGGUGGUAUUUUCGGUUGUAUUACUAAUCGGGGUCCAUCACCCUGUAGCUCAGCAGCGAAAUCAUCCAUCCUGUCAGCCUGCGUACGUAGUGCACCUAGCGACGAAAAUCUCUUCGACGCUCCUUACCCCUACCCUCAUGGAAUGCGUGGCCGACACAUAAUGUAUCAGCAAAUAAUGUAUCAACAACCUUACUCUACCUAUCCAAGAAACAUGUCACGUUACGACAGUUACAACGAGGAAGAUGAAAACGACUGGUAUGACAGUUCCUACUUUCGCAGACGGCCCAAAUCGAUAUGCACUACUCCAGAUAUUAAAAGAUAUCAAUGGGCAACAGAAGAUGAAGAAUCAAUGAAGCUAGAAGGUCCACGUUCAAUUUUGCCUCAACAGCAGCCUUUGACUUCAGCCUUACACUCGCAACAACAGACUCCACAGACGAAACCUAAACAUGUGAGUUUUGCAAGGUCUCAUACUUUAACGUCCUUUGAAGUACCACGCACCAAGAGCCCUCCAAGACCACAUAAUCAAGAGCGUUUAAUUGACUGCCAACCCACGCAAACUCCCGUCAAUGCAGGGAAUAUACAUCUUUACACUCAACCAGAACCACGAAUUUUAGUUCUAGAAAAACAACCUAAACGUGGAACAAUGAAAGCGCAAGCAACACAGACAGAAAUACCAGCCGAUGGAUUGAAAGGACGCUUUCCAGUGACUUUAAGUCCUCGCACUAUACAUCGUGUUAGAAUGGUCUCUCAGGGAGCUCAGACUAAUGGAAUUUUGAAUGGACGCACUAAAUUGACCAAAAGUUACUCAGAAGCUGGUCAAUUAGGUACACCUUUGGGUGGCUCUUCUAGUGUGAAAGAGAAUGUUCAAGAGCAUGAUCAUGAGCCUUUGCAACGAACUCAAAGUGAAGAACCACCGAGAUCGCCGUAUAUAGUCGAAACACCACCAAUGAGAUCGCCUUCUAAACACAUUGAGAGUCAAGAAUUAAACAGUGAUUUAUCAUUGACGCAAAAUGAGAGUAAAAAAAUCGAAUCGGAAGAAGAUGAAAUUUUAAUCGACUUCAAACCAGCUCCGGUGUCUCCCGAUGCCCGUAUGUUAUUGAAUGAGAUGGCACAACCAUACCGUCGGUACAUAAGUUUACAAAAAACCCUUUCUGAUGGCGAGAUUCAAGUCGAAAGACGCGAACUCAUCGGCGAAACAGGCGAACCGAGUUAUCCUCAUUCCUGUCGACGUAAUCACCAGGACCCAUGGGGCAGAAAUAAGCUACGUACUCCAAUUCAAUUUUCUUCGACGCCUGAAGAUCUCUCACUUUUACGCAUUGCUACAUCGCCAGAUGACUAUAAUGAUGAGGAAUUUCAUGAAAAUAUUGUACGUCGUGGUCUGUUUCGGAAACGCAGUGUUUCAUUAGAAGAUGGAGUUCAAGCUGUUGCUAUAAAUGAGUAUAUAUUGCCUAGAUCCCUUCCAACAUCACCAACAUCACCAACUUUAGGAGAAGCAGCUACAUCGAAAAUAUCACAAAGCCAUAGAGGAGUUCAACGGCGUCGUUUGCGAACCGGUUAUGGUAUUCCAUCGCCUUUUGUUUCAAGCGAAUCAUUAACGAACGAUGCUACAAGGGACCACAGUGAUGGUAUUUGGAACGAGUCGCAGGCGACGGUUCUACAAGCUGAUUCUCUUGCAGCGCUCACCCCUGCUUCUAAGCGUCGACAUUUACUUAUUCUUCAGCAUCAACAACGUUCAUCGAUGGAUACCGAUGCUCUUGACGCUGAAGAUGAAUUAAAUGUUUACUCUAAUAGUCCUAGAAUUAGACUUGAAGCUGCAACUCCAGUUACUACUACUCCAAGUCAUGAAACAUACUCCAGCCCAAAUGGUAAAAGAAUCGAGUUUCUACGACGAAGUCCUGGUCUUCAGGCUCAUUCGCAAUCCUCCAGUGAGUUUGGUUUAAGUCGUUCUGGUACAACAGAUAUAAGCGAAACCUCGACGACUGAUGAUUACAUUACUGCCAACACUUCGAUGGGUACAGGGACCACCACCGGCUCAAGGCCGUAUUUGCCCGCAGCCAUUUCCACUGCCUCAGCUGCUGAUGGCAGCUCUUUUGAAAGCGCCAGUUCUGUUUAUAGUCUCGCCAGAAGUGAAUUAAAUCAGGCAAUACUUGACGAGCCGCACAGUUCACACGCGUCAAAAGAUAAAUCAGAUUCAUCGUAUAGCGCCCAACCUGGGCCAUCUCCCCUGAGAACUUCUAGCAGCAGUAGCUCUGGAAGUUAUGAUGUAGAGGAUGCCCAAGCUGACUUAGCACAAGAGGCUUACAAGACAGCGCACCCCACGACCGGCAUUGAACCUGAAAUCGAUGAUGGUCAACAAUCUUCUUCCGGGGGAUACGCAGAAUCUCCACCAGACCGUGAGGUCUGGACGGAAGAUGAGCGACGGCGGCGUAGACGAACUUUUACACCCCCAGAUUAUCAAGAUAGUCAGACUGCAGAGACUAACGAGCCAAAUAGAUCGUCCACAAUCGAUCCAUCGUUACAUCAUUUACCCGUUGAUAUCUCUACCAGUCCCAGUCGACGUCAAAGAGCUCGUCGCUCCCCGCAUCGCAAUAACAAGCAGCAAUCACGGCAAACAACAGUCACUACUCAGCUUCAUCAGUCGAUGGAAGAACCAGGUCACGUGCCGACGAGCGACGAUUCGAGCUGCGGUCAUCAUUAUCAUGUGCACCAUCAUCAUCAACAUCACCACGUACAUGCGGAAUCGCAGCCACCUACUACUCAGUCUCAGGCACAGCCUCAGCAGCAGGCCUCGCUUGCACGACAUCGCAGAGCCAGAGAGAGCCCCAGGCGUAAAAGCUCUUCACACAAUGUUGGAAGACGACGCAGCACCGAGGAUAAGAACGCGGAUCUGACAGGUAGUCUACCUCGUAGGCGCUCGCGAGUCAGUGAUACAAGUCGCUUGAGCUUAGACGGUAGUGGUCGUCAGAUAACGAGUACUGGUCGUGACAACGACCUUUUGACUGGUACUUUGAAAUCUUCAAAUUCCAAAAUCUUGGCAAAAGCAAUCUCAGCCGAGAGCGUCAGAACCGACAGUCCCGGAAGCGACAGUGUUUUUUACACCAUCGACGAACCAAUCACGGAUCAAAUUCACUGUCAUCAUUGUGGACGAGAGGUUAUCGAAGACAUAGUUCAACCACCUGCAAGUUUCGCGGAUUCACCUGAUGGAGGUUAUCGAACUUUACCAAAACAUACCCCUGGUCAACGACUGUUCAAGAAAUUUGAUAAACGAUAUCGAUCUGAAGACCGAAGUGAGAAACGUCAGCAUCGAAGCAGUUUUGGCAGCCGUUGUGACGUAAGAGCUAAAUCGGAGGAAAGAGGAAGUAAAAUCAGUAGUAAAUACGACGACUUUAGUCGACGAAGACUUCAAGCCCGGAGCACUGAUGCAAGCAUGGAAAUAUUGACAGGUCGUGAGGAUGAAGAUGCUUACAUUGAACCAUAUUCUAGUGGAGAAUGGAUUUACAUUGGCGAUUUACAGGAAAGCUACGUAUGGAGACGUUUGAACAGUAAAGAUUGUGAUGAAGAUCUAGAAUAUUUUAAAGAUCGUAGAGGUUCUCAAGAAUCAACGGAAAGUGAAAGAAACUUCAGAAAAAAAUACCAAGCUGCUACCCAUAGAAUGGUACAUAGGAAAAGUAGCGGCGAGAUGUAUAAAAGAAUUCAAACGAAGUGUUUUGAAAGCGACAAGACAGUCGUGGUGAGGCGAGAAGCUGGUGGUGAAUUUGGAUUCCGCAUUCAUGGUUCUAAACCCGUAGUGGUAUCAGCUAUCGAGCCAGAUACACCAGCAGAAUCUUCAGGUCUUGAAGUCGGAGAUAUCGUAAUGUCAGUGAAUGGAAAGAGUGUUAUGGAGGCUACUCAUUCAGAAGUAGUCAGAUUAGCUCAUUCUGGUUCUGAUGUGCUCGAGCUUGAGGUUGCUCGCACCUGCAACGUUCUGGCACCUCAGAUGCCUGGCCAAAAGGAGGCUAAGCAAGAGUCAGCUUUUUGUCAAGGUUAUCUAUGGCGAAAAUCUAAGAGUGCAAAUAAUGCGUCUUUAUCUUCAUCUCAUGAUAAAUGGAUUCGUCGAUGGUUUGCUCUGCGCCAUGACAAUUGCCUUUAUUACUACAAGACUGAAACGGAUUCGCAGCCAAUAGGAGCAGUGAUGCUGUUAAAGUAUGAUGUGGAAUUCACUCGUGAAUCACAGAAGUAUAGUUUUGCCAUAAAGAAGCAUAAUGCGCCAACAUUACAUUUAGCUGCCGAUUCUGAAGAAGCCAGCGUACGAUGGGUAACGGCUAUCCGUGAAGCUGUUCAGAGAAAUAAUGAGGCGGAUACGUGGUUAGAUUCAUCAUUGCAACUGCAGCAUGUACCAGCCACCAUGAUACAACGUGCUGAUUGUUGUGGCUAUCUGAGCAAGCAGCAUGAGCGUGUCCGACGCUCCUCGUCUCCAACAGGUUGGUCUAGGCGUUAUUGCGUCCUAAAAGAUGCGGCUCUAUACUUUUACGACGAAGUGAACGCUGAGCAAGCUUUUGGAGUAGCUUGCCUUCAUGGAUUUCGAGUUCAUGGUAGUGCACCGACUUCGGGGGGACGGAAGCAUGCUUUUGAAUUGCAGCCACCGGAUCCAACUCAAAGAAUAUACACAUUCGCUGCAGAUUCGGAGAUGGACAAAAAACGGUGGCUAGCAGCAUUGGAAUAUUCAAUUGAUCGUUGGAUAAAAAUAGGCUAAUAAUUGCCAAAAACUACACUAUAAGUCAAACAUCUAUUACAAAAGCCAAAUUCUAGAAAGUGUCAAGUAAAAAACUCAAAUAACUUUCUUUUUCAUCCCACGAUUUUAGCCUUUGACGCAGUAAAUAAUAAGACCUCGAUCGCCCCACCGUCCUGCACAAAUGAAAAUUAUAUACAUGCUUUGUAAUACAAUGAUGAAACUUAGAACGAAAGUUUAAACAUUUUGUCAACUUUGUAAAAUUUAUAUUAAAAACGAAUAUUUGCCUCUUUUAAUAUAACGACAAAGCAUUAUUUGGUAAAGUCUUUUAUGAGUUGUAAGUAUUGAAUGGAAUUAAUGCGAUUUCAGAAAAGUUGCAAACAAUUUUAUCACAGAUUUUAAGAGUUUUGAUCAAUACUUAUUUUGAGAGAGGAUUGUAAAAUGUUCUUAGAUUUUGACAACACAUUUUCAAAUUAAAUUUUAUAGAACAGUUUGUACGUGAAAAAGAAUAAUUAUUAGAAUAUGUUGACUGAAAAUAUGAUCGCAUGAAAUUUCAUGUGUACUUCCAUACUCGUUCUUCGAAAAUUGUAAUGAGAUGUGCAAUAAAAUAUUCUCAAGAUUUUAAUCAAUCAAAAUGAAUUAUUGUAUUUUUUGUA